UUAGAACAACAUGAAAUCGCAUUAAAAGUUUUAAUAAAUGAUCUAAAAGAUUAUCGAGGAGCUGAAAUAUUUUGUUUACAGGCUGGUCGCGUAAUUGGUAUCCGAAAAGGAGCACCGAAGAAACGAGCUUCCAAAAAGAUAGAUGAAAAAAGUCUUAUAACAAAAAGACGAACCUUAUUUUUAACCUUACUAAAAGUUUAUCUUGAAAUGGAUAAUAGGGAUGAAAUGGUAGAUAUUAUAAUUCAUUUAUUAAAUACCCAAGCAGUGUAUUUGGACAUAAUGGAGGUUUUAUCUCUAUUACCAGAAUAUUGGUCUAUAGAAAUGUUAAAUAAUUUCUUAGUUCGUUCACUUAGACAAAGUUAUCAUAAUUAUAGAGAAGGACAAAUUCUUAAAGGAUUAUGUCGAGGUGAAAACUUAAUGAUAAAAUAUGAAUUAUCUCAAGCCUAUCAAGAUAUUGGACCUAUUAUUAUAACGCAGAAUGUAGUUUGCGCUUCAUGCAAGAAACAUAUUAGUGGAGCUGAAUUUAUGAGACAACCCAAUAAUGAUAUCAUACAUGUUCAAUGUGAUUUUGACAAAUCGAAUCGUGAUAAUUCUUUGGAAAUUGUUGAUUCCACCACCACCACUCCAUCUACAUCUAAUAUCGAAGAAUCGAAAGCAAUUCCAUUGA